CGCGGUGAGGUCAGUGUAGUGCCGCCGUUGCUGGUCCCGCUGCCCGUCGCUCGGUCUGCUUUGGUCGUUUUACUUGUGCUACUGGACCCUCCCGGCGGAGUGCGGCGCCUUCUCUGUGGCCGGGGCUUUACGGUAUUUGCCCUGAUAAGGACACUGCUGGCAACACAGCCCGCUCCGGCUUAUCGUUUGGUAUCAGAGUUGUACUUCACUGUUCCAUGCCAGAAAUGGAUAUUAGAGCGUAAUUACCAGAAGGAAGUAAUCAGUGAUAAGCUCUGUUUCAAGAGUGACUGGUAGAGAAUGCAAUGGGAUCGAUAGCAUGUCUGCGGAGAGUGGCCCUGGGACAAGACUGAGAAAUUUGCCAGUAAUGGGGGAUGGACUAGAAGCUACACAAAUGUCUACAACACAGGCACAGGCCCAACCCCAACAAGGCAAUGCUGUAGCCACUAAUCCACCUCCACCAGAGACCUCAAAUCCUAAUAAACCCAAGCGCAUGACCAACCAACUACAGUACCUACUCAAAGUGGUGCUCAGGACACUAUGGAAACAUCAGUUUUCAUGGCCUUUCCAGCAGCCUGUGGAUGCUGUCAAGCUAAACCUCCCUGAUUAUUAUAAAAUUAUUAAAACUCCUAUGGACAUGGGAACAAUAAAGAAACGCUUGGAGAAUAACUACUACUGGAAUGCUCAAGAAUGUAUCCAGGACUUCAAUACAAUGUUUACAAAUUGUUACAUCUAUAAUAAGCCAGGGGAUGAUAUUGUUUUGAUGGCAGAAGCUCUAGAAAAACUCUUCCUACAAAAAAUCUCUGAAAUGACCCAGGAAGAAACAGAAAUUGUUAUAGUCCAAACGAAAGGGAGAGGACGUGGUAGGAAGGAAACAGUGACAUCGAAGGCAGGAGCAUCGGCGGUACAGAAUGCAACUCAAGCAUCAUCCCCACCGCAAAUGCAGGCUCCACCCCAGAAUUCUCAGCCCGUGCAAACAACUCAUUCCUUUCCCUCUCUGACCCCUGACCUGAUUGUUCAGACACCAGUAAUGACAGUGGUGCCUCCCCAGCCUCCUGCAGCACUGCCUUCUCCCCUCCCACCUUCAGCCUCAGCUCCUCAGCCCUCUCAGACACACACCCCGAUUAUUCCAACAUCUGCACAACCCGUGAAGACAAAAAAGGGAGUGAAGAGGAAAGCAGACACUACAACUCCUACCACAAUAGACCCAGUACAUGAAUCAUCGUCAUUGCCAGCUGAACCCAAGUCUGUUAAGACAGGUCCACGAAGGGAAAGCCGACCUGUGAAACCUCCAAAGAAGGAUGUUCCUGAUUCUCAGCAGCAUGUAGUAGAAAAAAGUAACAGUAACAAAGUGUCAGAGCAAUUGAAGUAUUGUGGUGGCAUCAUAAAGGAGAUGUUUGCUAAGAAGCAUGCUGCAUACGCAUGGCCCUUCUACAAACCUGUGGAUGUGGAAGCUCUUGGACUCCAUGAUUAUCGUGAUAUCAUUAAGCAUCCCAUGGACCUGAGUACAAUUAAAUCCAAAUUGGAGAACCGGGAUUAUAGAGAUGCUCAGGAAUUUGCAGCUGAUGUCCGAUUGAUGUUUUCCAAUUGUUACAAAUAUAACCCUCCAGAUCAUGAGGUGGUUGCCAUGGCACGGAAACUACAGGAUGUCUUUGAGAUGCGAUUUGCUAAAAUGCCAGAUGAACCUGAAGAACCUGUGGUUCCAGCUUCCUCUCCAGUAGUACUGCAGCCACCACCCAAAGUGCCCCCACCGUCAUCCAGUGAUAGCAGUAGUGAUAGUUCUUCUGAUAGUGACAGUUCAUCAGAUGAUUCUGAAGAAGAGCGAGCUCAGCGGCUAGCAGAGCUCCAGGAACAGCUUAAAGCAGUGCAUGAACAGUUGGCUGCCCUGUCACAGCCACAACAGAACAAACCAAAGAAAAAAGAGAAAGACAAGAAAGAAAAGAAAAAAGAGAAGCACAAAAAGAAAGAAGAAGUAGAAGAAAAUAAGAAAAAUAAAGCCAAGGAUCCACCGCCUAAGAAGGCUAAGAAGAAUAAUGGCAAUAGCAAUAGCUCAAGUAAUAAGAAGGAGCCUGUGACUGUGAAGAAUAUCAAGCCACCUCCAUCUUAUGAGUCGGAGGAGGAGGAGAAGUGUAAGCCAAUGUCCUACGAGGAAAAAAGGCAGUUGAGCCUGGACAUUAACAAACUCCCUGGUGAAAAAUUAGGUCGGGUUGUCCACAUCAUCCAGUCAAGAGAGCCCUCACUCAAAAACUCCAAUCCUGAUGAGAUUGAAAUUGACUUUGAGACAUUAAAGGCAUCCACGUUGCGGGAGCUGGAGCGAUAUGUGACAUCUUGUUUACGGAAAAAGAGGAAACCUCAAGCAGAGAAAGUGGAUGUCAUUGCUGGUUCCUCUAAAAUGAAAGGAUUCUCCUCCUCAGAGUCUGAGAGCACCAGUGAGUCCAGCUCCUCCGACAGUGAAGAUUCAGAAACAGAAAUGCCCCCCAAAAUUAAGAAAAAAGGACAUCCUGGUCGAGAACAAAAGAAGCAUCACCAUCAUCACCAUCAACAGGUGCAGCAGCAACAGCAGCAGGUGCAACCACAGCAACUACCACCACCACCUCCAUCUGCCCCUCAGCAAGCAGCCACCACAGUCAAGUCUUCUCCUCCAGCUUUUGUUCCGACACAGAUCCCAGUUCUGGAGCAUCCACUCCCAGGGAAUAUGUUUGACACUAUUUCACAUUUUACUCAGCCUAUUCUGCACCUUCCUCCACCUGAGAUGCCGCCUCAUCUCCCCCAGCAGCCUGAGCACAGCACUCCUCCUCACUUAAAUCAACAUACAGUAGUGUCCCCUCCAGCUUUGCACAAUGCUUUGCCUCAGCAGCCCUCGAGGCCCAGUAAUCGAGCCGCAGCACUCCCCCCCAAGCCAUCCCGGCCUCCCGCAGUGUCGCCAGCCCUUAACCAGCAGCCUCUGCUUCCCCAGCCCCCACUCCCACAGCCUCCCCAGGUGCUCCUGGAGGAUGAAGAGCCUCCCACUCCUCACCACAACCUGCCGCUGAGUAAUAGCCAGAUGCAGCUCUACUUGCAGCAGUUGCAGAAGGCGCAGCCACAGACUUCUCUCCUCCCUUCAGUGAAAGUGCAGUCACAGCCUCAGCCCUCCCUGCAACCUCCUCCUCACCCUCCAGGACAACAGUUACCGCAUCAGUCACAGCAGAGGCCAGUACAUAUGCAGUCCAUGCAAUUUCCACCCCAUAUCCCACAGCCUCCACCGCCCCCACAGCCGCAUCUGCCCCCGCAGCAGCAGCAGCAGCAGCAAACAACCCCACAGCAGUCGUCAAAACCCCAGCAAGUCAUCCAGCACCACUCUUCCCCAAGACAUCACAAGCCAGACCCCUACACAGCAGGUCACUUGAGAGAAGCACCUUCCCCUCUCAUGAUGCAUUCCCCUCAGAUGCCACCGUUCCAGGGGUUGCCACACCAGUCUCCACCACAAUCAAAUGUUCAGCCAAAAAAGCAGGAACUGAGAGCAGCAUCUGUAGUUCAGUCACAGCCUAUGGUCAAAGAGGACAAGAUGCAAUCCCCUGUCAUUCGAAACGAGACCUUUAGCCCUGCCUUGAGGCAAGAUCCUACCAAACACCCAGAGAACAUCAAGCCACCUGUACAUAUCCAACAACGAACAGAGAUGAAGACGGUGGACAGCGGACGACCUGUUAUAAGACCUUCAGAGCAAAAUGCACCACCAGGAGUCCAGGACAAAGAGAGACAGAAGCAGGAACCAAAAACCCCAGUAGCACCUAAAAAGGAUUUGAAAAUAAAGAAUAUGGGAUCUUGGGCAAGUUUAGUGCAGAAACAUCCCACCACACCAUCUUCAACAGUAAAAUCCAGCAGUGACAGCUUUGAGCACUUCAAGAGGGCCGCCCGGGAAAAGGAGGAGCGUGAAAAAGCCUUGAAAGCUCAAGCUGAACAAGCAGAGAAGGAGAAGGAGAGGCAGAGGCGGGAGCAGGAGAGAAUGAGGAGUCGUGAAGAGGAAGAGGCUCUGGAGCAGGCGCGUCGAGUUCACGAGGAAGCUCGGCGGCGCCAAGAACAGCAGCCCCAGCAUCACCCCCAGCCUCAGCAGCAGGUGUCAGCUGCAGCCUCUGCUCCCCCAGCACAGAGCUCUCAGCCACAGGCUUCGCAGUCCAUGCUGGACCAACAGAGAGAGGAACUCAGAAAACAAGAACAGGAACGAAGGCGCAGAGAGGCAAUGGCAUCUACUAUUGACAUGAAUUUCCAGAGUGAUUUGUUGGCAAUAUUUGAAGAGAAUCUUUUCUAAUAGCACCUGGUUUUCUUCGCCCGAACUCCUUAAUUUCCCAGCAAAUUUUUGACUCUCCAUAGUGUUGUUGGCAGCUGGGAGGAGAGCAUUCCUGCAGCCUUUCUGCAUGUGUGACGGUUGUGGCCUCAGAAGUAUCAGCAGAGUCUGCCUUACAAUUUGACUUUCUUCCCGCCCCCACCCCUAUCCCCCAACCUCACUGAAGAAAGCGAGACCAAGAUGAGUCAACUCUGUACUAGGUUUGCGUCAGUGGACAUGCAGUUGCUGGGAAUGGUGCCCCUUAUCACUUGAUAUUCUCUAUGCCAAACCUACUUGCAGUAUAUCCAGAACUUGAUGCUGUUUACCCUUUUUCUAUUCAAAAGCGUUCUGAAUUCCAGAAUGUCUUUGACGCUACCGUGCUGUAUGCUGGCAGCACCAGACACUCUGCAUUGAGAGGCUGUGUACAGGAAGACCCUGCCUAGGCAUCAGCAGGGAAGACACACAAGCUGUUUUGGGUCCUUUCAUCACUGGCUUUGCCUUUAACUAAACUUCCCACAAGCCUUUAGCUGGGAGCCAUUCUCUGUAAGUGUUCGCUUGUGAAAAAGGGAAUAAUUUAGUGGAGGUGUCAAGUAAGUGUAACUGGCCAUUUGAGUGAGGUUUUUGUUUUAGCAUUGUGUGGAUGACAGGAAUCUGAGCUAGACUACCAACCAAAGUCAGUUUCUUUCAAUCUGUUUCUUUUCCUCCAGAUACAUUGGCACUGCUCAACUCUUUGAGUGGGUAUUCUUGUCUCUUCAUUACAGAGUGGAGUGGAGUGGGGAAAACAUUAGCACCAGGGGAAGCUCCUACCCUGUCAAUAGUGUUUGACUGUGGCUGUAUUGUAUAGUGAAUAUAGUUGGCAUAUAUUUGUUUGAGUUUUAUGGUGAGCUCACCAUACUUUGUAAAGACACUGCUUCUAUUUUGCUCAGUUCCAGACUUUUAGUCUAUAUUUUUAACUGUAAUACCAGAAAGCUACAUUUUGGGUUUUAAAUGUCAUGGAGUCUGUUAAAAUUAGUUUUUAUACGCAACGGAACAGCUCCGGGGAGGGAGGUGGGAAUGGAUUUGGAUUGGCAGGAAGGAAGGCCUGUUCCUGUUGUCUUCCGUUGAUUCCUUUCACACAUUAGCAGUAAUCAUUUUCCCAGCACUUUUAGCAUAUUCUUUUCAUUUUACUCUUUCAAUUGUUCCACGUUUAUGUGCCAUAAAUACCCACUAUACAGUACAAUACUGGUGUGUCAGUAUUGGCCAAUCUCUGGAGUAAUUAAUUGGUUUUACUUUAAUACGGUGAAUAUGCAUUUGGUCUGUACUGAUCAUGGAAUAAACUCAUCUCUUUUUUUUUAAA